AUGGUCUUCAAGUGCCGAACAUGUAGAUACCAGAACAGCAACAAGGAGGUUGUAAGACGUCACGAGAAAGCCAGACAUGAUGUCAGCCUGAGUAAGCCUAGAGAUAGAAGCCGUUCCCCUAUCCGUACCUCCUCUAACAAUACCAAAUCAGCCUUUAGCCCGUAUCGAAGACGUCUCACUACCCCAGAUUUUACCAUUCGACGCCCCACUCGCCCUAUCCUCCCUGGACUUCACCGAGCCCGCCCACUUCCUUCCUUGACCCCUACCCCAUCUUUGAUCUCCCCAAUUAAGGACACCAUCCCGAUGGACAUUGAUGACUGUAACACACGUGCACCUUCCCCGGAAAACCAACCACCAACUUCCCCUCUCCCGGAAACUCCGUCCCUGACCAAAGACACUCAACAACCACCAGCUUCCCCUCUCUCAGAAACUCCGUCCCUGGCCGAAGGCACUCAACCACCACCUCUCCCAGAAACUCCGUCCCUGGCCGAAGACACUCAACCACCACCAGCUUCCCCUCUCCCAGAAAUCCAACCCCAUCAUGAUGACGACGGAAUCAGUAUUAACGCAAACCCAGUAGACGGAUGGACGUUCCUAUCGGGUGAUGGAUUAAGUACAUGA